UGCCAAGUGAAGAGUGCUUUCAUUUAUGAAAGUAAAAAACAAAUAGAAAGUAAAUGAGUGUCCAUAUCAGUGCCUUCUAAAAAAAAAAAAGAAAAAAGAAACUUAUUAGGUAAAGAGUUAAAGAAAGAUAGUUAAGAGGCAUACAAGAAUCCAAACCAUAUGAUAUAACCCAAGAUGAUAAAUUACCACCUAACUCAAUUCUCUUCUGAUAUAACUAAGAUGAUUGAUUACCGUACCAAAUCAAACCCCCACACACUUAAAUUUAAAUAAAAAUAUCCAAGAAAUGGAAUAAAAAGAAAGAAAACAAAGAAAGCAAUCAAAUUUUUGUCAGGCCACCACCAGAAGCUGCUUUAUCUGAUCUCUCUCUCUCUCUCUCUAUUUCUAUCUCUUCUAUAACUCCUUUCAUAGUAAUGAUUCCAUAGCCCCUUUCUCUAUCUCAAUUCUUUUCUUCAUGAAUUCACUAUAAAUCCAAACCUUCAUAAUAUUCAAUUUCUCUUUUUUUGUCACCUGUUUUUCAUGCUUGUUUAUGAUUAUUGUCCAUCUUUAUAGCUUAUAGCUCUGUGUAUGCAAAACUUCUGCAAUAUUUCAGACUGUGGUUCAGAAAGUUUUGUGUCUCAGAUCCCAAUAUAUACACUUUCUUCCUUACACCACUAACAAGAAAACACUGUUCUUUCUCUCUCACAUCAACCAUUUAUCACUGUAUCACUGUCUUCUUGCUUUCUUUCUUUCUUUGUGGUCCUUAAAACACCCCUCUAUACAUAGACAUAGCUCUCUUUUCUUUCUUUCUUUAUAAAAGCUUUUUUUUUUUAAUAUAUAUAUUUUUCUUUAUAUAUACAUAAAUUUUCAGGUUCACAUAACCUCAUAAACGAAACAUUAUACAUAUUGAAGUUGUGAUAGACUUAAUGCAAGAACCAAACUUGGGCAUGAUGGGUAGCGGUAGCAGUGGUAGUGCACUUGGUGGUUUAAGCAGCGGUGGUGGUGGUGGUGGUGGGGGAGAAGUGUCCGGUGACCAAACUCGACAACUAAAGGCAGAAAUAGCUAACCAUCCUUUAUAUGAACAGCUAUUAUCAGCUCAUGUAUCUUGUCUCCGUGUUGCUACACCAAUUGAUCAGUUACCUCUUAUUGAUGCUCAGUUAUCACAGUCUCAUCAUCUUAUUAGGUCUUAUGCUUCUCAACAUCCCCAUCCUCUCUCUCCCCAUGAGAGGCAAGAACUUGAUAACUUCUUGGCACAGUAUUUGAUAGUAUUGUGUAGUUUCAAAGAUCAACUUCAGCAACAUGUCAGAGUCCACGCCGUCGAAGCAGUCAUGGCCUGCCGGGAAAUUGAGAACACUUUACACGCUCUAACUGGAGUAACUCUAGGUGAAGGCACAGGUGCAACCAUGUCAGAUGAUGAGGACGACCUGCAAAUGGAUUUCUCUUUAGAUCAAUCCGGUGCUGAUGGCCAUGAUCUUAUGGGAUUUGGUCCUCUGCUUCCAACUGAGUCUGAAAGAUCCCUGAUGGAGAGAGUUCGUCAGGAAUUGAAGAUUGAACUAAAGCAGGGUUUUAAAUCAAGAAUUGAAGAUGUGAGGGAAGAAAUAUUAAGAAAAAGAAGGGCUGGGAAACUUCCAGGUGACACAACCACAGUCCUGAAGAAUUGGUGGCAGCAACACUCGAAAUGGCCGUACCCAACAGAAGAUGACAAGGCAAAACUUGUGGAGGAAACAGGAUUGCAGCUAAAGCAGAUCAAUAACUGGUUCAUCAAUCAAAGAAAGAGAAACUGGCACAGCAACUCUCAGUCUGUGACAUCUCUGAAGUCCAAGCGCAAAAGGUAGAGAAAGCCAUUUUUAAUUUUGCUUCAGAUGAAGAAAAUCAGAAAAGAAAGGAAAUGUUGAUAUAGGUGGGAUGUGAAGUUGGGGUAAAUAGUACUUUUGCUAACGAGCAGGAAUGUAACAGAUGGGGAAUUUGAUAUAAGCUUACACAUAAGGUUGUAGAUUCAUAUCCUUUUUUAACAGGGCAAAAGUGUAUUAUCGUCAUGAUCUCUCUUUUCAA